CGAUACUCAAUCGGUCAAUAAUCUCUCACUCUCCCCAGUCGCUCUUUGCCUUUGAACUUCUUCGCACAUAACUUCGGCAUUGCAAAUUUUCUUCUUCUUUGCUAGUCGUGGCUUGAUAAGGGAUAAAUGUUGCGUGUCGCGCGACUCUGCCCUGGGAACACUGCAACUCUGCCUCUCUGCUACCGGCCCUUCUUUGCGACCUCAUGGACCUCUUAGGCACUGUAAGUAAUAAGCCCCCAAUUACUUCUUUGCGUUCCUGCAUUAGUGUUUUUUUAAAAAAUGUCAUUUACUCUGGCAGUCUGGCCUGGGAACACUGCACCAAGCUCAUUUCAACAACAACAACCCAGUCAGGUCCCACAAAAGUAGGGUCUAGGGAGGGUGUGUGUAUGCCGAUCUUACCCCUACUCGAAACUAUAGAGGUUGUUUCGAAAGAAUUCCCCGACUCAAGCACCACAAGUAAUCAUGUACGCAGUCUUAGCCUUAUGUGGAAAACAUAUAGCGGCUGUUUCCGGAUGACUCGUGAUGAGCGUCAAAAAUUGCUUUGACUAAUUGCUACUUCAGAAGUGCAUACCGUUUAAAGAGCUAUUUUGUUUUACUCCAUACCACUAAGCUAAAAAAUAGUGAAUCUUUGGCUCAACUGGAGAUGAUAAAAAGAUGCACAAAGUUGAUUCCAAAUUGAAAGAAUGACUAGGUGUGCAAACUUUGUGGCCAUAUAAGUAGAGGCGGGAUUACAAGAUUUAAGCAACAUUUGUUAGGGGGCAUCGUAACUCAAACAAAGAGAGGAAACACCCCCUGAUCUAAUUUGAAGUUACUAAGUGAGCUAUUGCUCAUGGAUAAGGUGAAACACCCCCUGAUCUAAUUGUUUACUUUGAUAGUGCUAUGGUUGGUAGUUUGAACUACAGAUUGGUCAUUCUUGAAGCUGAUUCUUGCAAGACAAAGAGAGGAAGAUCCCAAUCAUAGUAGUAAUCCCAUUGCAAGUGCUGGCUAAUACUACCUGGUAGGAAGCAUAACGCAGAGCAUUUCAAAGUUCGAACAUUGCUUCUUCUUCUUUUCUUUUCUCGAAGCAUCUAAUCACAAAAUCAUUUGUACAAAUAGGAACCCAGAUUUCUGUUAUUCUCAGUGAUUAUUACGUUGUGCAUUGACACGAGUGUGGUGUUUCGGUGUUUCCACUGCGGAAACUAAAUUGGAGCACUAGGUAAAAACUGCAGUAAAAAGGUACAGUACACCCAUCCACCACCACUACCACUUGAGAUGAAUGAACAUGUGUGGAACAAAAUGUGUGUGUUUCCUGGGAGAUUAGGGAAGAAGAAAAAAAGCCGGGGUUUUGAAUCUUUUGGUUCAUUUUCAUGGAAAACGGUGCUAUUAGCGGGUAUGCCUUUUCCGACAAGGAGGCGGCGCCAGGUAGCGGUGCCGCCGGAAUUGGAAAUUCUGUUUUUGGUGGCAGUUUCGGGCUGGAUGAGGCGAUGGGUCGUCAUUCCGUAGACAGCGGCGGCGCUGUGGUGGUGCGGAUUUCGCACCCUUUUCAGCAUCACUGUUCCAAUAGUUCUCCCCUCCCGUUUAAAUCUCAAGGCGGAGGAAUGGCGACGGCCAUGGGGUUUCCGUUUACAUGGGCGCAGUGGAAGGAACUGGAGAGACAGGCCAUGGUUUAUAAGUACAUGAUGGCAUCCGUCCCUGUUCCUCCUGAUCUUCUCUUAGCCAUUUCAUCGAACACUUACCCUGCAUCCAACACCGCCCCUGUCCAGCGUGGGGGAAAGAACAGAGAUUUAGAGCCAGGGAGGUGCAAGAGAACAGACGGGAAGAAAUGGAGGUGCGCCAAAGAGGUGGCGCCGAACCAGAAGUACUGCGAGCGGCAUCUGCACCGAGGCCGCCCACGUUCAAGAAAGCCUGUGGAAGACCCUCACCAUCAUCCUCAUCACUCCGCCGCCUCCAUCAACGCCGCCAAGAAGAACCGCGGCGUCCAACCGCCGCUUCCAGUUCAAUCUACGGAAUCGCCUUCUUCUUCCAACCUAAUUCUUGGAUCUCAACCCCGGUCGCUUGAUGAUGCUAAAUUGGAGCAUAAGCUCUCCAUCUCCCAUUUUAAGGAACCAAAUAGGAGUUUUGACUGGAUGAUGAUGGAAGGGGAGAUGGUUGCCAUGGGGGGAGCUGAGGAACAAUGGCAACACUUAUUAAUGGAAUCAAGAACAAACACAAGACCGGCUUUUGAUACAUUAUCAUCUCCGCUCUGUAGAAGAAGAGACGAGAUUGGGUUUUUCCAGUUUGACUCCAAUGAUCAUCACCACCACCACAACAGUGGCAGUUAUUUCGAUGCCUCAAUGGCGGCUGGAUCAGUCGGAAACGACAGUCCCGUUCAUUGCAACGGAACGUGGAAGUCGGCCGUUCCAAUGUGGGCCCCAUUUGAAUCUGGAGGGCCGUUGGCGGAGGCUCUGAUACCAAGCAACCACCACCACGUUGACGGGGACUCGAUCAGCCAGGCUGGGAACAGUAGUGUCUCCUCCCCGUCCGGCGUUCUGCAGCAGAAGGCCGCCACUCCGUUCUCUCAGUCCGAUGGCAGCGUCUGUAACAGCCCCACGGCUCUUCCCCACGCGCCUCCUUGUCCAGAUAUGCUCCCAUUCCGGUGGCUUCUAUAGUUUAACGGGGGGAAUAGUAAUAAAUUCACUAGGGGUGUUUUUUUUUUUCUUGUUUUUGUCCCUUUGUUCUGUGGGU